AUGCGUAUGAUUACGUCUGUGUUGAACCACAUCGGGCGGAUGAAGUUUUGGAUAGUGUGGUGUCAAUCGAUGAUAUCGAUGCUGGCUGUGAUGUGGACUAUGUCCAUAGGAACGCUUUCCAGGGAGACAAGGCUUGCGUAA